CUUUUGCAUCUCAGUACUGAAGUAUCAGUACAGUAACUAGUAGCAAAGGAAAGAAAGAGAAGGAAAUGGCUUCCUCCAUGCUCUCUUCCGCGGCCGUCGCCGCCACUCCGGCCCAGACCAACAAGGUGGCCGCCUUCACCGGUCUCAAAUCCGGCGCCGGCUUACCCGUCAGCAAGAAGACCAACACCGACAUCACCUCCAUUGCUGGCAAUGGUGGCAGAGUAAGCUGCAUGCUGGUGUGGCCCACAGUGGGCAAAAAGAAGUUUGAGACUCUAUCCUACCUCCCACCUCUCUCCAAAGAAUCUCUGCUCAAGGAAGUUGAAUACCUUCUCAGAAUGGGAUGGGUUCCUUGCUUGGAAUUCACACUUGGUAACGCAUUCGUGUACCGUGAGAACCACAAGUCACCGGGGUACUACGACGGAAGAUACUGGACAAUGUGGAAGCUGCCCAUGUUUGGAUGCACAGACGCUAUUCAGGUGGUGAAGGAGCUUGACGAGGCCGUAAAGACCAACCCUACUUCUCACGUCAGAAUCAUCGGAUUCGACAACGUUCGUCAAGUGCAGUGCAUCAGCUUCAUCGCCUACAGGCCUCCACCACCACCACCCCCACCCCGCCCCUGAAUUCCCUGACUUGGUUCUGAUGCCAACUUGAUCGUGUUGCUUUUUUCCUGGCUUUUGCAUUCCCAUUUGUUUUUGUAUGGAGCUAUAUAAAUCAUCCUGUGCUUUUGGUUUCUGUUUACCGGAUUUCCAGUGGAAACGAAUACUGGAUGAGAUCUUUUAUAUAUGAAUAACUAUUUGCUUGGUUAA